AUAAAGUUAACCAGGAAGUUUGAUUGAGCCUUAAGACAGUCAGCUACUUAUCUUUUGAGUCAUACUUUUUGAACUUUGAGUCCGUGCUGUUAGAGAGUGGUGGUUUGACUGCAGGAGGGCAGAAGACAGACAUUUGUCAUGUUCUUGCAUAUCUGGGAUUUAUUUGGAGAGAUGUUUCACUGCCAGUUGUGGCAGUGAUCUCAUCAUGUUUUAAUGAGGCAGCAGAGAAGACAGAAGGCCAUGAGAAAAACCAGAGGCAGAGAGACAGAAAAAAGGAGGAGCCUGCUUGCUCAUUACGUCAUUUAUUAGUCUUGAGAACAGAUUUAUUGUCCACUGGAGAAUCUCUGCUUGGUUGUGUAUAUAUGCGAAUGUGUGUUGGGCUGGACAUAGAGGAGAAAAAGAGCGACAGCUGACUGCGGAGAGUUUCUUACAGAAUAUCUUCAGCUACUACUUCAACCAUCAUGUCCCAACCAGGUCAGGAAGAAGAUGAACAAAUGCAGCGUCCUGAGGUGAGAGAAGAAGACCUGACUGAAGCCAAAAGCAAACUGGGCACAGGUGGGCCAGCAAAGAGCAAGACGUUUGAAGUAAUGGAGGAGUGCGAGAAAAUGGGUAAAGUUGCUCCCUCUGUGUUCAGCGGAGUGAGGUCAGGAGCAGAGACUGCUUUCAACACACGCUCGACUCGACCAGUCAGGAAGUAGCAGGGGACUUUCUGACCAUGAUUGGACAACACCUGUUCCAUGUUAGGAGGUUUGAGAUCAGUUGUUUUCCAGCUGUACUUCAGUCUAUGAAACAUCUUACUUAAAGCCCUUUUUUAGUGUCCUCAUCUUGUUAAUCAGUCCUGUGAGUGGUUUUGCACUAAAACAGUUUAGUUGUCACGUUUUUGCACUUAUAUGAUACUGAUUAAUAAGUUCAUAAUGAAUCCUAUAAUUUCUAUAUACAUAUAUAAUUUUUAAAAUAGAAAAUGCUUAUGCUUAAAUGUUUAUUUUGCCAUUACUGUGGUUUCUUCUUACUGGCAUUCAUCCACUGUUUAUGGUGCAGGUUAAUUAAAAAAAAAAAAAAAACACACAACCAUGUGCAAUACAGUUGAACAUAUGAAAGAACUGCUAAACAUCAGUGAGCCUUGCACGCAUUCCUAAAUUUAUACAAAAAAUGACUAAAUGAAUAAUUUGUUUCCUAGGGUUGUACUUGGACUGUGAUAGUUUGUUAAAUGUAACAAUUAUGGUAAAAAUGUAUAACCUGAAAUCUCUUAAAUAUUCAGUAAUGUAGUAAAUGUCAGUAAAAUUUAAAUGCUAAAGAAAAAAUACAAAGGAAAAUGUAUGUCAA